GCUGGAUACAAAAGGCGAUGGAAGAUCAGCGUUCAUUCAAUAGCCCUAGAAGGACCCUUACUUAUUCUAGAAACAGGGGAGCAACUUUCUCUGUUUUUGAAGCAGACAACAAGGCUUCUGGUGUUGGUGUAUCGGGAGAGCAUGGUCCAAAUCCUUCUGAAGUUUAUGGAUUUGUAGGAGCCAUUUCAACAGUUGUCGCUACAGUUAUCUUCAUGAUAUGGGCAUACAUUCCUGAUCCUUGGUUACAUUCUAUUGGGAUCUUCUACUAUCCUAACAAGUAUUGGGCACUGGCUCUUCCAGCUUACGCCAUUGUGACAGCUGUAACUAUCUUUAUAUUUUACAUUGGCCUCAACUUUAUGGCAACUCCACCCCCAACAUCCCUGAACUCGAUAUAUGAUGAAAACAGCAAAGAUCCUGUGUGCUUUGAUCCUAAGUUAGACGAAGAUGACCGACCCAUCGAACCUUACUCUGAUAUUGGAAUCAACCAGAUCAAUGAGCUGAUGUUCAAAGAUUGGAAAUAA